GGCGCGGCGGCAGGCUCGGCCACGUCACCGCCCCGCCAAGAGCGCGCUGGCGGAGCUGCGACGCUCGGGCGGGAGCGCGGAGCUCGGGGGCGCGGGACCCAGAGGCCGGGGCCGGGGACGUGGCAGUCACCUCGCCCGCCAGAAAGUUUCCCAGGAGUUGGCUGAGAGCGGGCCGGACCAUGAACGUGUUUCGUAUCCUGGGCGACCUGAGCCACCUCCUGGCCAUGAUCUUGCUCCUGGGGAAGAUCUGGCGCUCCAAGUGCUGCACGGGCAUCUCUGGGAAGAGCCAGAUCCUUUUCGCUCUCGUCUUCACCACCAGGUACCUGGACCUGUUCACCAACUUCAUCUCCAUCUACAACACAGUAAUGAAGGUGGUUUUUCUCCUCUGUGCCUAUGUCACAGUGUACAUGAUCUAUGGGAAAUUCCGGAAAACAUUUGACAGUGAGAAUGACACAUUCCGCCUGGAGUUUCUUCUGGUCCCAGUCAUUGGCCUCUCCUUCCUUGAAAACUACAGUUUCACUCCUCUGGAGAUCCUCUGGACUUUCUCUAUCUACCUGGAAUCAGUGGCCAUCCUGCCCCAGCUCUUCAUGAUCAGCAAGACUGGAGAGGCUGAGACCAUUACUACUCAUUACCUGUUCUUUCUUGGGCUAUACCGGGCCCUCUACUUGGCUAACUGGAUCAGGCGGUACCAGACUGAGAAUUUCUAUGACCAAAUUGCAGUGGUGUCUGGGGUAGUACAAACCAUCUUCUACUGUGACUUCUUCUACUUGUAUGUGACCAAAGUCCUUAAAGGAAAGAAGUUAAGUCUUCCAAUGCCAAUUUGAAGGUCCUCAGAGAUGUUCUACACCUUAACAUGGACAUGAAGCAAACUAUUUGAAGUGUUCUCCUGGGUGACUUUUACAUGACUGAGACCAAAUGUUAAAACUGAAUUCAGAAAAAUGCUUAGUGUGGAAUUCAGCAAAGCGCUGAUCAUUCUAUCUAGAAGACCUUCUCAUCAGUAUCUCCCUUAAAUUAUAGAGGUAAUUAAAACUUGGGCCAAUUACAUAAGUAUGGUACCCUCACAGUGUCAACUGGACCAUCAUAAAAACCUUAGGUGUUUAACCCAUGAAUGGAUCAAGUCAACUAUUGCUCUCUAAGGCCCUAGUGUGAGACUCAUGCUAAGAACAGCCAAUCCCAAUCUGGAAAUAUACCCUGCUGUGUAUAAGGCAAAAGCCCCAAAUGCAGAUCACAGACAGUCCCAAGUAUUAGGAGUGUACUGUUGUGAUUAAUUUUCACUUUCCAGGUAGGAGACCAUCAAGUUUAGGGAGUCAAGAUACAAAGGUGAUAUGACAGGUGGGAAAUGUUAUGAGGAAACAAAUACCCCAGGCUUUACCUACUAGGUACUGUCUUGUUGCUUCGUGACUCAAAUUUUCGCACUAAGAACAAUUAAUCCCACCCCCCCCUUUCACAUUUUUAGGCGCUAACUAAGGUGUUAGUCAACCAACAUGGUCUUGAAGCAAAUAAACUCUUAAGAGACUGUCACUGGCCUGUAGUCAGAAUUUUUUAAGCAAUAAAAAUCUCACACCUUAUUGUCAAGUGUUUUAUUUAUACCUACAAAAGAAACAAGAUGGUAUCAAAAGGACAAUUUACAAACUAAGAAUAGUAACAUAAGCUCUUAAGCUCUUAGCAUCCUGUGCCUGAACAUCAUACAUCUACAAAUCUUUCAAGUCUUAACGCAACAGGAAUGUGUUCAGAAACCAGCAAGGACAUAAAUAGAGAGAGCACUGAUCCCAAGCAAAAGCCACCAACCUUUUAGAUGAGAGAAGUCCACACAAUGAAUUGUUAGGGAGGGACUGGGGAGAAGCAGCCCCACAGCUAAUAUAGAAAUCCUUUCCCUAAAUGAGUUUCAAUCAUGACUACAAUAAUUAGCAUCAAAUGAGGAUUCUUCUGCUCACGUUCUGAAGCAAAGGCAGAACCUGAAUUAUGAGUGGCAGACAUAGAGGCAGAAGACUUAACUCUGGAGCUAUACAGGAAAAACUACUAGAUUUCAGCUGUGCUCAGGUCACAACAGCUUUUGAGUUUUGGGAUAUGCUGUUAUUUUGACUUUAUGAUUACAACAUCCCUGGUGGAAAAAGGAAAGCAAGCAGCAGACCAAAUACUGCUUGCUUGCCCAGAGACCUUUCCCGCAAAGGGAUGCUUUCAAGACUUGCAAGAGAGUAGGACACCCCCUGUGGUGGCACCUUUGUGUAAAAAAAAAAAAAAAAAAAAAAA